CGAGUCCAUGAUCAUCUUCAAAAAAAAUGCCCGUCCAGCUUUAUCCCAUCUUCAGUCUUCACUGCCAUCUUUCUCUUGUUUUUCUCGAACCAGAGAGAGCGACAACUUUGCUCAGAUACACCAAUCUUUAAUCUUUAUACCUUUACAGUUAGAUUUUGUCACUUCUUUAUUACUCUGUUAUCCCCUUUGCUCUGUGGUCUCUUUCAACAGUUAAAACUUCACCCCCUCUGCUGCUCCCCAAGGUCUGCUUUACUUUUCGCAUCCUAAGGCUGCAUUGUUUUUUAUCUCGCUCUGUGUAAUGCUAGGUUUAUGAAUCUUGGGGAAAGUAUAUAUUGGUUCAGGACUCCUGAAUUGUUUUGUUCAUUGUGAAACUUUGUAAAAGAAUGGAGUCUGAGAAUGCUGUUGAAUUGAAGGAUGACAGUUUCAUUGAGGAAACUCAUCCUGAAGAAUCUGUUGGGGCACCAAGGAAGGAAGAAAAAAUUGCUGCUAAUGGUCAAGAGCCUAUGAGUGCCAACGGAACUUUUGAGCGUGCUGCAAAGCCUGAUGAUCAUCAUUCUUCUGAUGUGUCAAUUAAUCCCAAACCAAAUGCUUCUGAAAGUAAAGUCUCAAAAACCUUGAAGGAAUCAACUAAUGUGGGUUCAAAAAGCAAUAAACUGUCCAAGGAUAAACCUAAUUUGAAAGGCCCUGGUUCGGUUUCUCGUAAUCAAAAGCCAUCACUUUCUCAAAGUCUUUCAUUUCCAGUACGAGGAGCUCGUCCUGAGAAUAUGAGGAAAAGCAUUGAUGGACAUCCAACAAAAACCUUGGCCAAACAUGCCCAAGAUGAUGGUAGAAAAGGUCAGGUCACUUCAAAUGGAUCAAUCACUUCAGUUUCCCAUGUAACUCAACCUGUUAAGCGUGCACCCAAUGGAGUGAAUUCAAAGGAAUCAAAUGCCAAUGGUGGCAAAGUCAUUCCAAGGAGGACUUCUUCAGUAACUGCGCCAAGCAAACAACAGUUUGCACAGCCACUGAAAUCAAGUUCUUUGAACAAAUCCACCAAUUGCCCUCCGUCUGAAGUAUCUGAGUCAGCUGAUCAAAAUUCACAAAAUGUACCGGCCACAAUGCCAAGCAAAGAAGACGAUGACAUCCAUUCAACUACUUCAAGUGCCACUCCUCAUGAAAGGAGAGCUAGCGGUUCUGGUUUUUCCUUUAGGUUGGAUGAACGUGCAGAAAAGCGGAGAGAGUUUUUCUCAAAGCUAGAAGAGAAGAUCCAUGCUAAGGAAAUGGAAAAAAGUAACUUGCAGGCAAAGUCAAAGGAGAAUCAGGAAGCAGAGAUCAAACAACUGAGGAAGAGCUUGACAUUUAAGGCUACACCAAUGCCAAGCUUCUACAAAGAGCCUCCACAAAAAGUUGAACUGAAAAAGAUACCAACCACCCGUCCAAAAUCACCAAAGCUUGGAAAGCACAAGGGCUUAACAGCUUCAGCGAACAGCUCUGUAGAAGGUGGUGGAUCUUCCCUCGGCCCACAAUCCUCAACUAGCCCAGGUACUUCGAAACCAGAAUCAAGUAAUUCAACCAAAGGAAUUCAGAGAAAUGGCAAAAAAGAAACUGUAGCCUCAAAAACACCAGUCAGGAAGUCCCAGCCAAAGCUUCAGUUACAGCGAACCACUGGAACAGAAGCAAAGACCAUCAAGUCGAAAGUGAAACCUGCAGAAGCAGAGAGUCAAAACCCAGAAGGAAGUCCUCAAAAAGCUGAAGAAAACCAUAUGAAUUCUGAGAACCUUCCAAAGUGUGAGAAUGGAAACAACAUGCCUGAAAAGAAUUCUACUGAGGAUGAUGAUGAAUUGAUGUUGAGUCCCCCUGAAGUCACAGUUGCAGGGUGAAAACAUUGUUGCUAUUACCAUGUAUCUACAGAUUUUGAUGUUUAAAGUUGCAUAUUGUUGUGAAUAGUUUGGUUAUAUUUGUGGGGUAUGGCCCUUUUUUUUUCUCUUGGGAUUCUUUGUGAAAGUAAUAUAAAUCAAUAGGAUAACAUUUAAGCAUGUAUUCUUUUGUUAAAACUGUAUUUGUGUACUUAACAGAACUUUGUAGCUUCAUUUUUCAUUUAUGCUUAAAUGCAUAGAUACUGGUUUUCAGCUUUA